ACAUUACCUCAUUCAACCUUGCCAGAGACAUGGUAUAUAAAGCACAACAGGGCAAGGCUUGGAGUAGAACUAACUUGUCUUAAUUAAGGUUAACAUCAGGAAAGGACAUUGCAAGAGACCACAGGCAAAAUGCUUCUGAAAGUAGAAGACCUGGUGACUGGAAGGAGGACAGAAAAAGAAACUGGAGAUUUUGUAACAGGAAGUUUUAGGCAUGGAGAAUAUGAAACAGCCAUAACACUAGAGAAACAGGACGAUUUAAAGACAACUUCAAAAUCACUGCUUGAACGUGAGGAGGAGAAACAAGCGGAGCAGAAAAAGCUCAAAGCUGAGCUCCUCAAAAAGAAGAUAGAUGAAAGACCAAAGCUAGACAACUUGGAAGAUCUGCAAACUAUAAUAAAACUACGAAAACGAAAAAGAUGCAAAAAAGUCAAAGCACCUGUGGUCAAGGAACCAGAACCAGAGCCAGUGAUUGAACGUGUGGACGAAGCAACAUUUUUAAAAGCUGCACUAGAAAACAAGAUGCCCAUCAUUGGAAAAUUCCUGGCAGAUGGUGGAGAUCCAAAUACCUGUGAUGAGUACAGACGCACGGCCCUGCACAGAGCAUGUUCGGAAGGACACCUUGCCAUUCUUGAGAAGUUAAUUGAAGCUGGAGCAGACCUAGAAUUCCACGACAUGCUUGAAUCAACAGCAAUUCACUGGACCUGCCGAGGUGGAAGUGUUGAAGUUCUGAAAUAUAUACUAAACAAAGGAGCAAACAUCAACGCAAGAGACAAGCUGUUCAGUACUCCUCUCCACGUAGCAGUCAGAUGUGGAAAUUAUGAGUGCGCAGAACAUCUCAUUGCAUGUGAAGCUGAUUUAAAUGCCAAAGACCGGGAAGGAGAUACACCAAUGCACGAUGGAGUCAGACUAAAUCGUUACAAAAUGAGGAGACUCUUGAUUAUGUAUGGGGCCAAUUUCUCCAUCAAAAAUUGCGGCGGAAAGACACCAAUGGAACUUGUCCUUCAGUGGCAAAACGGCGCCAAAGAGAUAUUCGGUGGGCUUCAGGAAAAUUCAUACAAGAGCUCUCACAUACAAAAUUUCUGACAAACGCUUUGAAGAGGCAUUAGCUAUGGCACAUUUUUGUUUGCUUCAGAAAGCUUUGAUAGGACUAUUCCAGAGUUUUUUAACAUUUCUUGCACUUUGAAUUUUUUUUAUUGUAUUUAUUUAUUUAUUGUUUGUUACUGCAUAGGCAUUGUGCUUUAUAUUAAUUCCAUAGGAAAGAAUAUUUAUGUGGAAUAAAUGUGGCAGAUAAACUGCCAAUGUUAUUUACUGUUGAUAAGUCAUUAUGACGCCAAUAUUGUAUUUUAAUCUUGUUGAAUGUAAGUAGAAAGGCAACACACGCUGGGUAUAGCAGUUGCGUUGUGACCAACACGACAAGAAAUACAAUGGACAAAGCCAGAACAAGAACUCUUGGCUGUAUGUUUGGAAAGUACAGGCUAUGGCAGUGGUGUGGGCUAUCCCGCUUGUUGAUAAAUAGUGGGAAAAGGCCCUUUACCCAGCCAAAGCAAACUAAACUAGAGAAAGGAGAGAACUAGGAUGUUAGGGAAGGAUGGGGGUUUAGCUGCAGUGCCAAACAGAAACAUUGCCUUGUUUCGACUUGAACUUGCCCUAUUAGGUUAGGUUGGAGCUUCAGCCUGAAACACUAGGUGUGUCUGUUAAAGCAGUGGGCAUCAUUUAUAGAAUAAACAGAGGAAAAGUAGGUAAAACCACAAAAACCAGAUAUCUUUAAUGGAAAUUUAGCAAAAGGAAAGCUAAUCCUUUACUGGUUGCUGUGUUUAACGGUGUGUGAACUUUAUUUUUAAUAGAAUGGCACAAAACAUGGGUUCCAAGUAAUUCUUUAGGGUCCUAAAAGAAAAAUGCCAUACCGACUUUGGAGUUUCAUACUGCAAAACAAUAGUCUAUUUUUCCUUUGAUCUUGCUUUUAUAAAUAUGCCUCACUGAAUUUGGUUAUGGCUCUGCACUAAGAAGUUAAUCUCAACUAAACUGAAAAAAAAAAGAAAAAAAGGAAUUAGCAUGCUCAGAGCCCCCCUACAAGUAGCUUGCAAUAAGGAUUGACAUCUCCCUAGAGCCAGAACGUGUUCUCUAAAUUUAGGAAACCAUUACAAAAUAAAACAAAUUGUGCGUCUCCUGAAAGAUAGAAGCACCCCAGGAGAACCUGGCAGCCCCAGAAAAGCUUGUUGCAUUGUCAGAUUGAUCUAGCCUUUUUUUUUUCCUACAUUUCUUAUUUCAGAAAUUAAAGUUGAUGAAAUAAAAGAGGACUAGCAUGUUGAUAAGUGACAGAACAUGGGCUGCAGCUGUUUGUGGAUUCCCUGUGGCUCUAGUUCACAGAUGUAGAAUGGACAGCAAGCUACUUUAAUAUUAAGAUUGCUUGGACCAGAUGUCCUGUAUGUAGGAUCUUCUCAUUAUGUUAUUUUGAAGAUCCUCCAGAGACAUCAGGUUUUUGAGCUUUGACUGAGAAAGAUGAGAGAAUGGGUGAGACACUAGAUGGAAAGAGACAGAAAUGCAAUAGAAAAGGCAAAGUUGUACCAUAGAUUGUUCUUUUAUACAGUUGUAUUGUAUUUUCUGUACAUUUUGUAUUGGGUACAUUUAUUAUGAAGACAAAACAAUGCUGCACAUCUUUAUAUAAUGUACCAAUAUAAUGACAUGGAAUGGAACAA